AUGGGAAAAGAACAAUUUAAGGAGGCUGAUACAUCUCGUAAAGUUAUUGGAGUGAAAUUCACGGCAGGAAAUACAGAAUUAAUUAGACAAGCAGCGCAUAUCCAAAUAUUUAAUAACCGACUUUAUGAAGAUGUACAAGGAAAAUGGCUUCCUGCUCAAUAUGGACCUCUUGAUAGUCGACUGGGAACAUUUCAAAAAUCACUUAAUUGCCAAACAUGUAACAAAAAUAUGAAUGAUUGUGUUGGACAUUUUGGAUUUAUUGACCUUGAAUAUCCUGUCUUUCAUGUUGGAUUCUUUCGUUUAAUUAUUCAAACUCUUCAAUGUAUUUGUAAAGGUUGCAGUCAAACUCUUUUACAAGAAGAACAAAAAUCUUUACUUUUACGACAGGCAUCUAAUCCAAAUCUUGAUUAUUUACGCAAAAAGGCAUUGCAGAAGAAGAUUGUUACUUUGAGCAAAAAAAUUAGUAUGUGCACAAAAUGCGGAUUUUUAAAUGGUGUCGUCAAAAAAGCUGUCGGUUCUGUUUUAAAAAUUGCACACCAUGAACCACUUUCUGCUGAAAUAUUGGCAGCCGUUGAAGACAGAAAUGAGCUACAACAAUUACUUUCUAGUUCAAAACAAAAUUUACUUGAUCCCUUAAAAGUUAUGGAAAUUUUUAAAAGAAUUGAUUUAAAAGAUUUACCAUUAUUAAUGAUUGGGGCAGAUGAAUGUAAACAUCCAUUACAUUUUUUGAAUCAAAGAAUUCCUGUUCCACCUGUGUGUAUUCGACCGUCGGUUGUUUCUGAAUUAAAAUCUGGAUCUAAUGAAGAUGACAUUACAAUGAAAUUGACUGAAAUUAUGUUAAUUAACGACAUUCUCAAGAAGCAUAAAAAAGAUGGAGCGCCAAUGAAAACAAUUUGUGAAACAUGGGAUCAUUUACAGGUUCAAUGUGCUCUUUAUAUAAAUUCUGAAAUGAGUGGACUUCCUCCAGAAAUGCAACCAAAAAAGUUUUUACGCUCAUUUGCUCAACGUUUAAAAGGGAAACAUGGUCGUUUUCGUGGUAAUUUGUCUGGUAAACGAGUGGAUUUCACUGCAAGAACUGUUAUUUCACCAGAUCCGAACCUAAAGAUUGAUCAAGUUGGAGUUCCCUUACAAGUUGCAAUGACUCUUACAUUUCCUGAGGUUGUAUGUCGUUCAAAUAUUGAAAGAUUACGAAAGGCUGUAAUUAAUGGGGAAUUAGUUCACCCUGGUGCUAAUCAGAUAAUUGAUUGUAAAACUGGAAAUAAACGCUCUUUAAGGUUAACUUUUAUCAAAUUAAAUAAGAUGUUCUUCUUUAGAUAUGGAAAUCGUGCUAUUACUGCAAAAAAUUUACAAAUUGGUGAUAUUGUUGAGCGUCAUUUGUCAGAUGGAGAUGUUGUUCUUUUCAACAGACAACCUUCUUUACAUAAAAUUAGUAUAAUAUUUAAUGAAUGUGCUUGUACUCCUUACAAUGCUGAUUUUGAUGGUGAUGAAAUGAAUGUGCAUUUUCCACAAACAUAUGAAGCAAAAGCAGAAUCAUCGCUUCUUAUGGGCGUUAAGCAUAAUUUGGUUAGUCCUCGUGCUGGACAGCCUUUAAUAGCUGCAAUUCAGGAUUUUAUCACAGCUGGUCAUUUACUUACAAAAAAGGAUACAUUUUUAACGCAUAGUGAAGUUCAACGAAUUUCUGCUACACUUCUCGACAUUACAGAAAUAAAUCAAAGAAAGAUAAGAUUGCCACCACCUGCUAUAAUUUGGCCAAUUAAAUUAUGGACUGGAAAGCAAUUAAUCGAGUUGGUAAUUGCACCUUUCGUUGAUUCAAAUGUUCGAUUAAAUUUGUCAACUAAAAAUAAAAUUCAUAAUCCAGAUGAUGGAGAAUUUACUCAUAAAGAUACCUUUGUUAUUAUUCGAAAUAAUCAACUACUUUGCGGUUCACUUGACAAAACUCUUUUGGGGUCUGAAAGCAAAACAUCUAUUUUCUAUACCCUCCUUCGUGAUUGGGGCGAACAGCAUGCAAUUGAUGCUAUGUGGAGGUUAGCUCGCUUUUCUGGCGUUUACCUAUCAAAUCGUGGAUUUUCUAUCGGCAUUGGUGAUGUUAGGCCAAACCAACAACUUUUGGACGAAAAACGCAUACUUCUCGAGAAUGGAUACAAAACUUGUGAUCAAUUAAAUAAAACAAUGAAAAUGGAAAAACAGAAAACAAAACCAGAUUUUGGCUUGGUGGAAGAAUUGGAAGCAAAAAUUUUGAAAGAACUUUCUAAUAUUCGUGAUCAAGCAGGAAAGGCAUGUCGUGAAUUUUUGAGUAAAAACAAUACUCCACUCACUAUGGCACAAUGUGGAUCUAAAGGCUCAUUUAUCAAUAUUGCUCAAAUGAUUGCACUUAAUCGCUCAUUACCCCAUUUCGAACAAAAUGAUCGAUCUCCAGAUGCUAAGGGGUUCGUAGAAAAUUCUUUCUACUCCGGACUUACUCCAACAGAAUUUAUCUUUCACACAAUGGGUGGUCGUGAAGGUUUGGUUGAUACAGCAGUAAAGACGGCAGAAACUGGUUAUAUGCAGCGAAGAUUAGUCAAAUGUUUGGAGGAUUUAGUUGUAUCUUAUGACAACACAGUUCGAACAUCAACAAAUGAAGUAGUACAGUUUGUAUUUGGCGAUGAUGGACUUGAUCCGUCUUAUAUGGAAGCUCGUGAUGGAAAAUUGUUAGAUUUGUCGCAUCUUCUCAAUCAAGUUAAAAGUACUCAAAAAGAAUUAUCUUUACAAACUGAUUACCCUAAUGAUGCUUCUGUAUAUGAAUUAGAUAGUCUUGAUAUUAUACGUAAAGAAAUUGAUUUAUCACUUGCUUCAAUACAAAACGAGAUAAAAGACACAAAAACCAAACAAUUAUUGGUUACAAACAAAUUCGCCGAUGGACUUUAUGAUUUUAUUUGCAAACAUUUUAACGCAAACAAAAAACUUUUACAAUUGCAAGUUAAUUGUGAACGACACAGAGCAUAUAUGUCUCCAACAACACGUUCUGGUAAAGUUUGUUGCAAAACCUGUGAAGAAUUUAGAUUUCGCCGACAGGCCCAGCUUCGCUCUAACGGACUUAGUUUAGCUCAGAUUCGUCAAUUUCUUCUGCUUUGCCAAGGAAAAGUUCGUAGAGCAAUUGUUGAACCUGGCACUGCUGUUGGGGCAGUUGCUGCUACUUCAAUUGGCGAACCAUCUACACAAAUGACUUUGAAGACUUUCCACUUUGCUGGUGUUGCUUCUAUGAAUAUUACGCAAGGAGUGCCUCGAAUUAAAGAGAUAAUCAAUGCAGUACGCAGUAUUUCUACUCCUAUAAUAACGGUAGCUUUGUCAAACGAUAAAGAUGAAAAAUUAGCAAAACGUGUAAAAGCACGUAUUGAACGUACAACUUUAGGCGAAGUUAGCGAAUAUGUUGAACAGAUUUUCCUUCCUGAUGAUAUGUUUCUUCUUGUUAAAUUAAAUGUUCGGCGUAUAAGAGAACUCCAAUUAGAAGUUACGCCUGAUUCCAUUAUUCAGUCAAUUUGUUCUGCACGUUUACCAAUUCCUUCUAUAAAAUCUUCACAGGUUCGAACAGUUGGAAAGUCAAUAAUAUUGGUUCGACCAGUUGACACAGGAAAAUGUUCAAUGGCAAUGUAUAUGCAUUAUUUAAAAUACUAUUUGCCAACUGUUCCAAUCAAAGGAAUUCCCGGCGUUACUCGUUGUGUAAUUAAUGCUGACGAUAAGAAAGGGGAAUCUUUUCAGUUGUUUGUUGAAGGCUCAAGCUUUAAAGAGGUUUUGGCGCUGAAUGAAGUCAAUGGAAUUAAGACAAGAUUUAACAAUGCAAUUAUCAUUGCUGAAGUAUUGGGGAUUAAAGCCGCUCGUGGUUCAAUAAUUUCUGAAAUUUUGAAUACAAUGAGUGAACACGGAAUUGAAUUAGACCGUCGACAUGUUAUGUUACUUGCUGAUUUGAUGACAUAUCGUGGCGAAGUGCUUGGUAUUACAAGAAAUGGGCUGGUAAAAAUGAAGGAAUCUGUGCUUUUGUUGGCUUCUUUUGAAAGAACAAUUGACCAUUUAUAUGAAGCAGCGUUUUUUGGACAAAAAGACAGAAUUGUGGGUGUUAGUGAAUGUAUAAUAAUGGGUGUACCUAUUGGAAUUGGAACUGGAAUGUUUAAACUUUUACAAAAGCAAAUAUCUCAGAAAAAAUCAGAAAAUGAACAGCAAGACAAUAAAGGAAAGAUCCAGUUACUUUCUCCAAAACGAGAAGUUUUGAGUGCAUCUACUUCUCAACAAACGCAGAGUUUGGGUCCUUCAACUAGUGGAAGAAGACGGCGUCAGGCAUCAACAUCUACAGCACCUCUUAAAGAGGCUAAAAUGGAAAUUGAAAGUAGUGAAGAACAAAGUAUUGAACAUUUUAUGCGGAACAUUAGAAUUGGACGCUUUACGCGUGGAUACUUUUGCACAACUAUAGUUUUCCAUUUUCUAGCGUUUUUCUUUGGAGCUCAAAUUUUCAGUUUUGACACCUUCCUUUUUGCUCUUCUUUUAACUACUACUACAUUCUUACCUCUAAACAUCUCUUGUUCUGAAAGUGCUGAAAAAUUUUGGAAUUGUUGGGAUAAUCAUCCACAAACUAUCUCUCAAUUAUAUUCUACUCGUGUUGCUUUUGGUAGUUUAAUUGGUUCUUGGAUUGGUGUUUUUGUUGUUCCUUUAGAUUGGAAUCGUUGGUGGCAGCGUUGGCCUAUUUGCUCUGUCUUUGGUUUAUUUAUUUUUUCACUUAUUGGUGUAUUGUCUGCUUAUUUCCGUCUCUUUACUAAUUAUCCAAUUAACAAGGCAAUUUUAAUUAAAAAUAUUUUUAGAAUUAUUUAA